AUGUCUUCGACUGGAGGUCCUGUCACCACCAGUGGAAACUCAUUUGCUGGAGCAGAACGAAAUGCCGGUGGAGCUUUGAAGCAUAGUCUCCCCAUGCCAGGACUAUCCGGCAGUGCUAACGGGCCAGUUGGCAACCUGCUCAAGGGCCCCGUUGAUGAGUCCGGUAAGCUUAAGGAUGCCGCCCUCUUGGUCGGGAUCAAGCUGGAUCUAGAGGCUGAAGUACAUGCUACGGCUAGGGUCCGUGGUGAUAUUGUGGUUGGGCUAUAUUGA